GGCUACUUGAUUUGAGGCAUCGCAUUGAACUCCGAAAACCGGCGAACAGAAAGUUGCAGUUUUUCCGGCGAAGAGGAACUGAGAAAACUCCGGCGAGAUACCAACCUUCGCGAUGGAUGGGAAUAAACCAAAGGACGUAGUCUCGAGGAAGAAGCAUACGCAGGAAGGCCCCGAGAAGGACAAGGGGGAACUCAGAGUAUCCCCGAGGAGGAAACUCCCUCCGACAAAGCCGCCGGAGGAAUUGGGCAGUACAAGUGUUGCUCCGACUGAAGAUCUUAUAGUUGAAGAGUUACCACCAAGACUCUUUGCUCUAGACCGGUACCCUUCGAAGACGAAGAUGAACGCGUACUCCAAACCGGAGUACAUUUCUGACAUAGCGGAAGUUCUUAAGGGAAAAGCUGAGAUGCAGAUGCUUCUCGACUCUCCAUUUGGGUACCUUUUUGGAAUACCUGCUAACAAGUGUUCCUUCUCAGGUAAGCUUGUGCUUGGAUUAAUAUGCCGUCAGUUAGUGACAAAGAAAGUGAAUGAGAUGUGGAUGGUUUUCGGCGGCCAUCCAAUCAAAUUUGGACUAAGAGAAUUUAGUAUUGUAACUGGGCUGGAAUGUGGGCUGUAUCCCAAGAAGAAAGAAGUGGAGGCUGUGCUAAAGGUUAAACCUGGGUGUAAAAAAGUCUGGGAUGCUCUGUUUGUGGACAGGUUUGGGGAGAAUGCGACUCCAUUAGUGCAUGAUUUGGUGGCCUGGCUGAAGGAGGAUAAAUCCAUGGAUGGGUGGAAGCAACUGGCUCUAUCACUUAUAAUCCUGGUAGAUGGUGUGAUAGCCUGCGGUAAAAACCCCAUCAGGCCUCAAGAUACGACUGUCGAGAUGACGAAGAACGUGAAGUUCUUCUUGAAAUACCCAUGGGGAAGGCUGUCUUUUACCCGAUUCCCAUUAGCACUCCAGCUCUUUGCGUUUGAAACAAUCCCAUCCCUUGCUAAGCUAGCACCUGAUGACGAAGCGAACAGGACAUUUACUCAGAGGUCUAUCCAUCAUCUUGCCUCACUGCGGCCAAUCAGGACAUCCAGCAUCUUGGCCUGUGAGGCUGCUGAAGAGGUUGAGGUAACCUAUCUUGUGAAACCAGAUGACAAUAUUUGCCCUCCAUCCCUGUCAUGGGAUGAUGAAGUUGAGGAUCCAAGAGUUGCUUACAUUGAGCGACUGAUGUUAGCUGGUCAUGAGUGGCAGGAGGAAGAAUGGGUUGGAGAUGCGAAGAAGAGGAAAAGAAAUGUACGAGGCCCGAAUGCACCUGUUUUGAAAAAACAGAAAUCUGUUGUGGAAGAUGAAAAUGAGGAAACUGCUGAGGAUUGUUCUGAAGAUCCCCAGUUUGAGAAGUUUGUAGUCGAACUUAGGAGGUGUUUCAGGAGGCAGGAAGCACAAAAUAAACAAAUGCAAGAAGACUUGAAGAACUUUGUCCGUCAAGAGAUACGUGCUGCCCGUGAUCCAAAGGGCAAAAAGACAGAACCAACCCAAACUUCCCAUGCUUCACCCAGCCCAACUAAAUCGGUGGUUAAGGCACCGAUUACUGUGAAGAAGGCAUCUAAAAGGAUGUCUACAAAGAAAGUCUUCAAGUCUGGAACAAGAAAGUCUUCAAGGCUGAAUAAUAUAAUGACGUCAGCUGUGCAGAUUACUGAGCUUUCUGAUGUUAACUCGUCCUCUGAGGAAGAUGACCAGGUUGAAGCCAACAAUGAAGGUGGUUUUACUGCAAAUGCUGGACACGAUUUUUCUAACAGAGACGAAGAUAUGGUUGAGACUGGAGUACCUAACAUUUCAGUUGGUGGACCUACACCUUCCCAUCAGGAUGAAGGAGCAGGUGAUGGUGGUGAGUCUGUCCUUGUUGGUACACAGUCAGGGACCGAGGAAAAAGCUAGUGCUGACACAGAGAUGGAAGAAAUUCCAUCUCCUGUACCUUCAACCUCUGCACAGGAUAAAGGACCAAUUGAUGGUGGUGAGCCUGUCGUAGUUGGUACACAGUCAGGGACAGAUGGAAAAGCAACUGCUGACACAGAGAUGGUAGAAAAUCCAUCUGGUUUACCUGCAACAUCUGGACAGGGAGAAGAACAUGGUGCCGGCGUUGAGAGUGAAGCAAAUGUUGGGGAGGAACCAGAAAUUGGUGAGGAUAAUGACAGAGAUACAUCUUCUCAGGCUGAACACACCGAGGAACCCGGCACUCGUGUUGAUGCGGGAGAUGUACCCAAAGUAGUUCCAGAGUGUAAAGUGGAUGACUCAGUACUUCAGGGCACCCCUAGUGAUCCCCCUUCACCAUUUGCAGUAGUGUUACAGGAGUUGGAAACAACAGCCUCCAUGGAUUUGGAUGCAGCUAAUGUAAAGGAGGGAGUGUUGGAGGAGCAGGGGAUUGUCGCCGGGGUAGAAGAACAAGAGGAUUCAAACCCAGGGUUAGAUGAAGCAGACACAACAGUUGGUACACCUGAAAAUAUUGAUGAACCAAACAACGAUGCUGCACUCGAAGCAAUAGCAGUUAAAAUUCCUACGCCGGUUGUACCAAAAAAAGUGAAGAAGCAACUAGUUUAUGAGAUGGAUGAAGCCCUUCCUGAAGGUUAUAAGGAAACAACAGUCCUCGUGGAGGAUGUUCCAGAACGAACUGAAGAUUCAGAGCUGCUUAUAGCGCCUGGAAAUGUCCCUUUCAACCCCCUGGACAAGGUUGAUGCUUCCAAAUUAGAGCUCUUAACCAAUGUCCUCGACGGAGAGAAUGUGAAGCACACUCUUUUCGGGUAUCGCAAAGUGGACAACGAGUUUUUCUCCAUGCUUGUAAAACAAGGAAACUGGGUGGAUAAUAUGCACUUGGAAAUGCUCGCAAUGUUGAUGUGGCACAAGAACGGUCAACAAAUGAUAGAAAACCGAUGCGUUGUUUUGGACUCCUUCCUGCUUUAUGAGCUUACUAAGCGUGCUGUCAGCUUCAACAAUUGUAUAAAUAAGCAGGGGUUCAAAUGGGGCCAACGGUUAUACGACAUUGCCAAUGGAAUACACAUACACCGUGAACCUAGUCUUCGGUGGAUCAAGGAUGUCGACGUGGUAUAUGCUCCGAUGAACUGGAGAGGUGAUCAUUGGGUUGGUUUGGCAAUCCACCUCAGAGCCCGGAAUAUAAUUGUCUAUGACGCUUUCAUAGAUUACACGCGGGAGUCUGCUGCAUGGUCAAAGAUGAAGCCUGUCUGCGAGAUGAUGCCGUACCUAGUGAGAGCGAUGUGCGCGGAUGUAUUGCCUCAGACAUACUCAGUUGAACCUUUUGGCUAUGAGAGAGAUUUGAACGUCGCUCAAAACCCAAGUUCAGGAGAUUGCGGGCCUUACGCAAUGAAGUUCUUGGAGUUGCUGGCGUUUGGUAACCCAAUGUCAGACUUGGUGAAUAUUCAAGAAUCAGAUAUGGCCAUCUACCGUCAGGUGUACGCAACAGAAAUCUACGAGCACGGCAAGCGCGAGGGUGUGGAUAAGAUUGAUGUGGAGUUCCACACCUCAAUCCAAAACAUGUCAUAUCCAAAUAUACCUGACGAUGUCCUAGCCAAGAUUGCGAAGAUCAUUGCUCACAAAUGUUGGUGGUACCUACAGCCUCUCUUAAGAUCAGGCCCUCGUGGAAGGGACAUUGUAUACCGGCCCGAUGUACUCCAAGAUGCAAAUAUUUACAGUUUGUGCAGUGAUCCCGAUGACUUCCAUGCAGCUGGUCAUGAUCCAAAUGACAUCCACACCGAAGGUCGCUAUAGACCUUUCUUCAAAAGAUGCGUAGAUGCUGGAAAUCCAAUAGCUAUCUAUCAUGAAGGACUGCGUCUUCUAACGCAUGAAUCUGACAUAAAGGGAGCUAUAGUUCUAUUACAUCGCAAUGUGCCUAAUCACGCUGAUGCAACACUUGCGUGUGCGAUCCUCUCCAUAUGUGACGGUAACGCGUACAUGGGCGCUGAGUAUCUUCGAAUGUUUGAGAGAAACCAUUACUCGUUGCAAUCAGAAGACACUCGAGACAUGUGUGAGGAGUUGCUAGAUGAGAUUAAAAAAUAUGGCCUUACAUACAACAACACUUAUGGUGCAACAUUUUCUUACCCUGAGUUUCGUGGAUUUAACACUCCACCUUGCGCGAUGAUGUGUUACAUCAGGUCUGGUCCCUUUAAAAUGUGUGUAACGUUUGCUAUUUAUGGUGGUGUGCUAAAAGAAUUAGCCAACUCCUCUAAGUUUAUCUUUGAUGUUUCAUGUUAUUAUCUAUAUGCUUGUGUGCUGAAAUUUUCAUAGCAAUAUAGUACUUGUUGUUAUAAAUGUUAAUGAUUUUA